AUGGCACUGCAAGAUAUUUUAAGGAAUGUUGGUACAGCUCUAGAUCAGGUUGAAAAUUAUAUUGAUGGAGUGGAUACAACAUUUAAUCCAAAAAAUACUCUAAAUGGAAUACGGAUCUCAUUAACAACUGUUCGUGAUCAUAUGCAAAGGUAUGCUCAAGAUGCUAUUAACUUACAAGGUUUACUCUAUAUAGCUAAUGGGCAGAUCAAUAAUCUUAUGAAUGACUUAACAAAUACUAGGAAUGAUGUAUUUCAAAGAACUCAGUUGUUAAAUUUAACAUAUAAUAAUGAGGCAAAUGAACAUCAUCGUUGGGAAUUAAAUUCGCGACAAAUUAUCUUAAAUUUACAAAACAAUCUUCUAGCAAACAAGGCGAAUAUGGCAGAUGUAAACCAACUUUUAGGCCUACAAUUGGCCUCCCUUCCAUUUUAUGAUGGACAAAAAGAGCCAGAUUCAUAUUAUGCUAAACUUAGAACUAUAAACGAAUCAGCCUGA